ACUGCUUUGAAACUUUCCAACGGGCGAAAUGCGCCACAUUUAAAAGUUAUAAUGUUUAGUCAGUGAUUGUGUACCUUUUUUUUCUCUUAAAUACAUAAAAGUCUGACUCCUGCCGUGAGUACCGCAGUGCUCCGGAGCUGGGACAGCAGCUAACUAGCCUUUUCACGGGACUGGUGAUGCACUGAUGCAGGGAUGCUGUGAUCUCACCUCCCGUGAACGGAUGCUGUUGUCCAGGCGUUCCCGUUGAUCCAGUCACAUGGUUGUCCCAGUAUCGAUUAGAAUUAGUCGAUAGAACACACGUGUGAAAGUGUAAAUGUGGUUUUAAACACUUGGGGCACUGAUUGAAAACAACAACAACAGGAGAAUCGACUGUGUUGUGUUACGGUCUGAGAACUAUAUAACUUUGCGGAUGGAUAUAGAUACAAGUCGUCUUUUUAAGAAUGACGGUGUGAUCUGCAAGACUCCACUAACCACAGACUUAUCUCGUUAUCAAUAAUAAUGAUGUGCUUUAUCUGAUUUAUCAAUAAUCCCUAGUGUCAUUCCGGUUGAUGUUCACGUGAUUUACAACAAAGUUCGUGCUGAUGUCACGGUGUUUAUUCGAGGUUGUGUUCUAUCUUGAUUCCUGGGCUGUGUCACGUGGGCUGCAAUCCGUACUUACAUAGAUAUACAUUUUAACACAUGGAAUGAAACCUGUGAUACUUUGACACCAACAGUUAAAGAUGUUCGGCAGGCUUUAGGUUGCAAAUACUGCCACCUAGCGGUGGUGUUGCCAGUUGUUGGCAACUAUUAAUUCUGGAUCAAUUUUCAUUCAAAUCAAUCUGAUCCUUUGCAGUAUAAAAACAGGAAAAUACGUCUAUAUCUCCUUCUGGCAUCUUCUUACAAAUAUUAUAAUUUGAAUAAAUAAAUGUUUACAUUUCCUACCAUCGUAAGUGUGAGCCAUUCAUCACUGCAUCCAUGAUAUUACACCACCAGGAUAAAUGGUCGAAGAUUUAUUAGAAGCCAGAAUGCAGAAUUGUACUGCACACAGCCUGACUUUCCUCCAGUGCUGACACAGCGCUGUGAAGGAAGGCUAAGGCUGUAAUGUGACACUGAGCCAAGGUGAAUAUAAUGUGUUAGUGUGUGUGUGACAGUGUGUGUCCAUAUUCUUCAUUUCUUCAACCCUCAGAGGGAAUUCUAACGUGUAAUAACUACCAGGUAGUUCAAUAACUAGUAAUGAAAACGCCUCUCUGGAGGAGUGUGCAUAUUAAAACUCUGACAGUCUUCAUAUUACGUCAGGCUGGUGCCGUGUGCGAAGCUGUCGUGGAUUAUUUCCACACACGGUAAUGAGACGGCUGUCCUCAUGGAGGUUGUGAUUUUGAUAAUACAGUGUUAAUGUCCAGGUGACAGAAGGCCCUACAGCCUGGAGACGGAGUCACAGAAAAACACAAAUCUCAUUUUGUCACAUGGAGCAGUAAUACAGCCUUGAGCUUUUAAUAUCCACUGAGGCACUUACAAUAUUAUUUCUCCAAAAAAACAAAGCGUAUUAAAGGAGGUUAUUUAAAUGUUAUAAACACUGAUCACUGCUGCCAUUUGUAUCAGUGAAUUAUAGUUUUAACUUUUGGCUUGAGCCUUUUUGGCUCCAUCUUAACAUAUAUAUAAAUAUAUACAUAUAUAAAAAUAUAAAUGUGUGUGUGUGUCUGUGUGAGUGACAACUCUUCAUCUGUGUGUUUGCCCCAGGUGGAGGUAGAAACUGUGGUGUCCAUGAACUUGUGUGUGCCAGGCGAGCAACAAGCUGUCAGUGGGGAGUCCUGACGAUCUGUCACACUUCACUGGUUAUGAGAACACGCAGCCAGCACACAUGCUGCUGGAAGCACACACUGCUCACACACACUCGUCCGUGUCAGUGCCGAGCCUCUGAUCUAGUGAUCGUCGUGCGGACCAGCUGAGAGAUGGCCUUCUUCAAGAGCUUCCAGCAGAACCUGCCGACGGUGAACAUAUCCUCCAUCUUGGACUCGGUCACCAGCCGCGUGGACGACUUGGCGACCGCCGUCAGCGAUGCCACGUACGCCGUCAGCGACCAGCUGACGGAGCAGGUCACGACCAUCAUCAACAAGGUGCAAGAGGAGGAAGACGUGGAGAACGGUGGUGGCGGCAGCUCCGCUCAGACCUCCGCUCCACAGGAGAAAAAGGCCAGUCUAUGGUCCAGAGACUCCGAACCGUCCAACUCCAACAACCAAGCCAGUGAUGCAGCGGAGGCGGAGAACUCUUCAUCUCAGCUGGAGUGGGAGUGGAGGGACGGCUGCUGGCGCGUCAAAAGAACAGAAGCCGAGUUGGCCGAGGAGGAAAAGAAGAAGAAAGAGGAGAAGGAGCUGCAGGAAAAGAAGGAACAAAGGAGAAAAGAAAGGAGGGAGAAACAGCUGGAGAGGGAGGCCAAGACCCAGAGGGCUGAGGGGGAACAGGAGGAGGAGGAGGACAGAGAUGGACAGGACAGAAAGGAGAGGGACAACAAAGAGCAGUCAGCUGCUCAGAGAGGGGGUGAGGACGAGGGUGAGGACGAGGGUGAGGACGAGGGUGAGGGAGCUCCUCCAACACCUGGGUCUGAUCAAACCAAAGAUGAGGCAGAGGAGGAGGAAGAGAUGGAGAACAGCGGUGAGAGAGAGGGAGAUGAUGAAGAGGAGGAGGCUGAUGAAGCUGCGUCAACGGCAAAACAGAAAAAUGUAGAAAAGAAGAAAACGAAAGAGACAAAGGAGAAAUCAAAGAAACCAGGCAACGACGAGAAGAAGAAGAAGGAGAAAACUAAGAAGAGCAAGAAGAAAAAGAAAGGAAACCAAGAGGCAGUUCUGUCAGACAGCGAAGAGGACAGAGACCAGAAGGUGGCGGUGCAGAGGAAGACGACCUCGGCGUGGAGCAGCGAACGCACACCGUCAUCUGAGAAGGAAGGCUACAGCAGCGAGGCCUCCAGUGACCGCGAAGGCAGCAUCCAGAGGAUGAAGAAGAACUCCUCAGCCAAUGACAGCCAGCCUCCUCCGUACCAGGACAAGGCCUCCAAGGCCCGCGUCAGCUCUCGUGCCAGGUCAGAACGAGGGCUUCGAAAAACAUCGCCCCCACAGAGAUGCGAUGACCCCCGCUCGUCCAGCGAGGCCAGUGAGGACGAAGACACUGAGAGCUACCUCAACAAAGGCUGUGAGGAGGACAUACCCAGUGACAGCACUGCCGUCCUGGGACCAGAGGACGUUCAGCUGCCCACUGCCUACGAACCAGAGCCUCUUGCCAAAUACGGAACGCUGGACGUCGCCUUCGAGUACGAUUCCAGUGAGCAGUGGUUAGCCGUCACCGUCACAGCCGCCACUGACAUCCCUGCCCUCAAACAGACAGGAAACAUCUCCUGGCAGGUCCACCUGGUCCUGCUGCCAACCAAGAAGCAACGGGCCAAGACCGGCGUGCAGAAAGGCCCGUGUCCGGUCUUCACCGAAACAUUCAAGUUCUCCCGGGUGGAACAGGAGGCCCUGGGGGAUUACGCCGUUCGAUUCCGUCUGUACAGCAUCAGACGGAUGAAAAAGGAGAAGGUCCUGGGAGAGAAGGUGUUCUACCUGACCAAGCUCAACCUGCAGGGAAAGAUCGCUCUUCCUGUCACGUUGGAGCCCGGCUCUGAACUGACCGGUUGUGGCUCAGUGGUGAGCGUGUCUCGCAGCGGUGGCGCUGUGUCCUACCGCUCCACCGAGGACACGACCUUACCAGAGAUCCUCCUGGGUCUCAUCUACAACUCUGCCACCGGUCAGCUGUCGGCCGAGGUCAUCCAGGGAAGCCACUUCAAAACCACAGCGUCCGACAAACCCGUCAAUGGCCUGUUUUGUUGUGUGAAACAUUUUGUAGGUGGACAACUUUACAUCAUGAGAGACACCUACGUGAAGCUGACCAUGCUGGACUCCAAGGGGAAGGAGAUGUCCAAGUGUAAGACGGCCGUGUGCCGCGGCCAGCCCAACCCCACCUACAAGGAGACCUUUGUGUUCCAGGUGGCGCUCUUCCAGCUGUCCGAGGUGUCUCUGGUGGUGUCCGUGUUCUGCCGCAGGAGCAGCAUGAAGCCCAGGGAGAAGCUGGGCUGGGUCUCCCUGGGCCUGAACAGCAGCAGCGAGGAGCAGCAGGCGCACUGGACGGAGAUGAAGGACGCAGACGGUCAGCAGGUCUGCCACUGGCACACGCUGACCGACACCUAGGAGGAAGGCGGCGUCGCCGUGACAUCAGAGCUCAACAGAGCAGGAAACACCUGGGCAGAGGUGUGUGGUGUGAAGAAGGGUCUGCUCUCUCAUCUUCACUGCCUUUAAUGAGCCACUGACUCGACAUGUGUGACUGUGAACUCCACACACACACACACACACACACACACCGGCUCAGAGUGACAUCACUGACCAGGAACAGCAGGAUGUGUGUGUUUUCCAGUACUUCCAGCAGUAAUAUGCAUGUUUUGCUCCCAACUGUUUACAGAACAACGUUCACCGUCUCUUCUAGACUUUUCUUUCCUUCUCUGGAAACCUGGACCAAAGAAGCUAAGAGACUCCUCCCUGUUUUUCCUGGGCUUCCCCAGAACUUCAGCUGCCACCAGCAUUCCAGACAUUUCUCCGUCGGUCACAGGCUUCGACAGGAGGACAUGCAGCGAGGACACUGUUAGCCCCACCACAUGCUGCAGCAGCUCACAGUCUGAUGCUUUGUUUACACGCAGACGACGUUAUGCAAGACGCGUUCGCUGGUUUCCUCCUUUUGUGUCCUCCUGGGCGGCCAGUGUUUGUGUCUUUGUGUCUUCGAUGAACACACACUUUCCUUUGUGUAUUUUUCUACUGUGUAACUCAGAACACUGUGCAUCCGAUGCCACUUUAAAAAACCACAGGAGUUAGCGUCGCUUUCUCUUUGAGUUCCGUGCUUCCCGCAGCUGCUGGACACAGCUCUGUAUGACACCGUUAUUAAAGGCUCUGUUCACACUGC